AGACAGAGGCGGAAGUCGCUUCCUGCGGAGAUGGGGACCCCCUUGGUGGCCAGUCGGGGCCGGCGCUUCAAGUGGGCCAUCGAGCUGGGCGGCCCGGGCAGCGGGGGCAGGGGCCGCAAUGACCGGGGCAGUGGCCAAGGCGAAUCCCUCUAUCCCGUGGGCUAUUCAGACAAGCAGGUCCCUGACACCAGCGUCCAGGAGACCGACCGUAUCCUGGUGGAGAAGCGGUGCUGGGAUGUGGCCCUGGGGCCACUGAAGCAGAUCCCCAUGAAUCUCUUCAUCAUGUACAUGGCUGGGAACACCAUCUCCAUCUUCCCCACCAUGAUGGUGUGUAUGAUGGCCUGGCGCCCCCUGCAGGCCCUCAUGGCCAUCUCUGCCACCUUCAAGCUGCUGGAGAGCUCCAGCCAGAAGUUUCUGCAGGGGCUGGUGUAUCUGAUCGGGAACCUGCUGGGGCUGGCGCUGGCUGUCUACAAGUGCCAGUCCAUGGGGCUGCUGCCCACCCAUGCCUCUGACUGGUUGGCCUUCAUCGAGCCCCCUGAGCGGAUGGAGUACACAGGUGGGGGGCUGCUGCUGUGACCCCCAACAGCCCUCGCCCUUGGAGUGAUCGCAGGCCUUCCAGGAGGACCUGGAGUCUCCACCCCUCCUGCUGGGCUGUGAGCCCCCACAUCCUCUCCCAGCCUCCCCCUCCCCCUCUGUCAGGGGGAGGGGCAAAUAAAGCUGCUGUGUAGAGGUGGCUCCACUGCCUGCUGUGGGGGGGUGGGAGGCAGAUUGCACCCAGCCAGCACAGUCUGGAUUUUCCCUUCCCUGUGCAAGCAUCAGCCCUUGUACCAUCCCCGGCCCCUGCCCCUGCCCCUGCCUUCUGGCCCCCACAGCUACACUUAAUGUACAAAACUUUAUUCUUUACACAGUUCUGGUACAGAGCAAAAAAAAAUCCCUUCUCACCCCUAACACUGUAAACUGGGGCUUGACCCCCAAUAAAUUAAGCCCCCCUCCCCCCCAAAGAUCAAGUAGUGGCUGCCACACCCUGCCUUCCAAGUGAAGCUGUAGGGGAGAGGAGAGUGGAUUUGCUUGUUUCAGGGCUGCCCUGGGGGCCAGGGGCUCCAGCAACAGCUUGUCCAGCCUGCCAUGAUUAGUGCUGAGACACAACAGCAGCCGGGGGAGGGGGCGGGGAACAGUGGGGACCACAUGUCCCUGCCCUCUCUUGGUCCAGCAACCCCACCCCCAGUUCAGCCCCAUGGCUAUGGGGCAGGAGUGAAUGUGAAAUAAAAAGUUAAGCCACA